AUGGCAAACCCGGAAAACAGUCGGGCAACCGAACCUACUAGCUUUGCCAUCGAGACACGACCCGACAACGGAAAAUGUGCGGUCGCUGUCCGGCCCAUUGCCGUGGGGAGCAUCAUCCUAGAGGAGCGCUCUACCCUUUCGGUGAAAUUGGCCCCGAACAACGCCCUGGAUGGCUCGACCCUCUUAGAGAUAGUCCAGAAGUACAUCGAGCUAUCACUCGACGUACGCCGCGAGAUCGCCACCCUGCACGCCUUCCUUCGGCCUGAUCACGGUCAAGCACUGCGAGACUUACAUAGUAUCGGCUUCACCGGAAAGCAGAUCGCAUUCACGACGAAGCUACUGGCCAUCGUGUUCACAAACGCCUUCAACAAGAGAAAUAUGACGACCCUCCAUCUCCAGGCCAGCCGCUUCAACCACUCGUGUCUACCGAACGUCGAUCUGUCGAAACUUGCUGACAAUACGGCAGACGAGCUCGAUCUCAUGGCCCUGCGCGAUAUCGAGCCCGGGGAAUAG